CCCCACAUGAGAGGCCAAGGUGCUUUGGGGGGUCAGUGCCUGCCCAAGUGAUGCUGGGGUGCCCGUGACCACACAGACCACCCCUCAUGGACCACCCUGUUUGUGAAUCGGCCCCACACUCCAGCGCCCACUGGCUCUAUCCCCAAUUCCGAGUUACGUAGAGAUUUGCAGGCCUCCUGGGCACCUGGAUUCCACCCACCACACAGGCUGCACUCGUGCUGUCCAGCACAUGCUGGUUCCAGGCUCAGCCAGGCCCACUCCAAGCCUUGCUCAAGCCCCCACAGUCCUGGGUGAGGGAGGACUUGCAGUUGGCCAAGGAGGUUUGUGAAGCCAGCCCCAGAUGGGCCAGGGUCAGGGGCUCACCUCCAGCCCCGCCCUCUGACAGGAUCGCAUUCUGGGCAAGUCACAGUAUCUCCCGUGCUGAUGCAGGUGUGGGGGUGUCAGGAGGGCCUGACAUCUGCCCCAGCCUGGUGCAGAGAGCACGGGAGACCCCAGACACCCUGGAUGCGCACAGAGACCUCAGACCCUGAAAGGGAGAGACUGAGGGGACAACCAGACAGGAAAGCACACAUCACCUCUUUCAAAGACCUUUCAUCACCCGGGCCCGGCUGCUGGUUCAGUUCUCUGCAAGCACGUUCCCCAGCCCUGUCGUCGGCAGCACCGGGAGAGAAGGUCCAAUUCUGAGUGUGUGCUGAGCCACAGUCCAGAGAACAGGUUCCUCACAGUGACUGGUGACCUCCUUGCCCUCUGCCAGAACAAAACCCCUCAUGGGCUGCUCCCCAACCCCUGACUCACUUCCCCUGGAGUCUUGCUGCCUAAACACCCUGGAGCUGGCGUAGCCGCGAGGGGCAGCAUGGCUGUGAUGGGUCUGGAUGAGAAGCAGCCCCUCCAGGGAGAACCCCUUGCAGAGCAAAGGAACCUCAACCUGGACAUGUGCAUGAGGUCACAAGGUCUGGGAAUGAGACACUAAAGCUGGGGCUCCUGACCACCCCCUUCUGCCAGUCAUGGGGCCACCGGUCAGCAUGCCCCCUGAGGCCUGGGCAUCAUGUCAUGGGCCUCCCCCAUCCUGCGUGCACAGAUGCCCCAGGACGCCCUGAAUACUCCUAAGCAGCGGGAGGCCAGGGCAGGAGCACAGGGACCCCCACCUCCGGAGCAGAGGCCCAAGGAGGGGGGUGUCUCAGAGCAGGGGGCCUCUGGAAUCAUGUUUCCCCUGCCCUCUGGGCAGCUCAGACCAUGUCGAUGGUCCCCAGGUGCAGCCCCUACGAGGUGUGUCCCAGAUGCAGGGGCUACUUUCCUGAGUGUAAUUGGAAUCUCGGUCUUGUUUCCUUUUUAACAAGCCGUGCGUGGCUAGCAGCACUAGAGUUAGGCUCCACCUGUGAGUCUGGGAUGAGGCCACACCCUGCAUCCCAGGUGGACCCCAAGCUGGGGCCGGGGCACAGCAGCUGGACCUGAAUCUCUGAUCUAGCCUGUGCUAGGAAGUCCUGUCGGUGUGGGUGGUGCCCCAAGAGGACCCCUCACCACACAGAGGAGAGUCUGGGUAGACACAGCCCUUCAGUGGCUUCCUGCCACAGGUGUACCCCAGAUCCCACCCUGGGGCAAUGGCGUCGCCCAACGUCAGCCACCCAGCACAGGAGCAGGUGGAUGGGCAGCGUCCUCACCUUCAGGAUUUGCCGGCUCUGAACCGUUUUCCCUGUCACCAGUCUCGGUGCUGACAGUCUCAGACUUCAGGAACAUAAAUAAACUGGACAUUGUUUUUUCUGCCACGUGGUCAUGGUUCUCUUGCUGGGUUCUGUUGUGUUGGGGACGUCACCAGCACGCCUCCCCCAGGGAGCUUGGCCCCUGUGACUUUGAGGGGACAAGGCCCUGGGAGGCCCUUCAGCUGGAGGGGGGAGCACUAAGGGGGAGGACAGAGGGGAAGCCGCUGCCCACUGUCCUCAGCCUCAGUCCCUCUGAUAAAAGAAGGGGGUCCCAGCAGCGUGCAGGCACCUCAUGGGGCCAUUACUUCUCUUCUCUUGAAAUCAGGAAUCAGGUGUCAGAAGUGCCCUCGCAUGCCCACUACCAUGUCCCUAACUCCAGCUGUGGGUCAGAAAGAGGGACUAGGCCCCCAGGGGCCCAAGAAAAGUUUCGCUAGUUCCUCCAACUGUGGGAUGGCCCAGGGCUAGGGCAGACGCAGCCCAGGGGAGGGCGAGCAGCCCCCAGGAUGGGCCACCCCCACAGUAGACACAGGGAACACUCCCAGGGGCCCAGCCCCCUUUCCCCAGCCAAGCACUGGGCAAGUGCACUUUCACCAGCUGAGCAUCAGUAGGACAGGCUGGCCACCACCAGACACCUCCACAGCCAGAGCCAAACCAGCACCCGGGAUGAAAAUAGCCGUCAGAUGACCAGAGGGCUGGCUCACCACCGUCCAAGCAAGCUGCUCAAAGCAGCUGCAGCUAAAAAUAGGCCAGAAGGGGACUGUCUUUGGAGAAGCACAGGGGAGAGCUCUGUCCUGCUUGUGGCCAACACGGGCAGGCACGAUGUGGUCGCUACGCUUCAUUUCUGCUGAGGCUCUGGUGUCCCACCCCAAGAUAGUCCAGCAGAGUCUGGGCGGGGUGGCCCACAACAUCUACCCAUUGCUGUUCAAAGCCAGCUAUCUGCUGGAGCAGCCAGAGGUGGUCCGUGCUCUGCUGGAACACUGGCCGCUGGAAGAGUUCCGGCUGGGUGCUCUGCUGGGGCCCAGCACAGAGCACCCCAGGGACCUGCGGGACCGGGCCUGCAGGGCCUGCCUGGAGGCCUGUGUGCGGGGCCUCGCGGACCACGUGCUCCAGGGCAAGGGCCGCAGGCGGCUGCGGCUGGCGGACCUCACUGGCAUCCGAGACGUACAGGUGCAGCAGUGCCCCUGUGGGAGGGCGCUGGGCAGGUGGGGCCGCACGGAACUGCUGGCCAGGGUCUGCUGCGAGCUUCAGGCGGAGCACCAUGCAGCCUGGAGCCCGGUUGAGGUCCUUGCUGACCUCUUUGUCACCGGGGGUAACUUUGAGAUGGUGGUGCAGGCCCUGGGGCCCCCGGGCCAUUCCCCACUGCGCGUGCGCUGCAUCUCCUUCCGGGCGGACAGCCUGGGCCCCAGCCAGCUGCUGCAGGUGCUGUGUCUGGCUGGGCCUAGCGAGCUGCGCCGGCUUGAGGUGGUGCACAACGUGCGGCUGCACGCCGGCCACGUGCAGCAGCUGCUGGCCCAGGUGGGCUUCCCCCGGCUGGUCUCACUCACCCUGCCCGCCAAGGCCUUCGACGCACCCCCUGCCAGCACUCCAGCCCCAGACGGCAAGGAUGCCCUGCUCACCUCCGUUGCCAGGGAGCUCAGCCGGAUGACGCAGCUCACUGAGCUGAGCGUGGCCUUCUCCACACUGACCGGGAAAAUCCAGAACCUGCUCGGCCCCCUGAGGACCCCGCUGAGAGUGCUGGACCUGGCCAGCUGCUCCCUGAACCAUGCGGACAUGGCCUUCUUGGCAGACUGCACCCACGCGGCCCACCUGGAGGUGCUGGACCUCAGCGGCCACAGCCUGCUGGACCGGUUCCCCUCGUCCUUCUUCCGGCUGCUGGGCCACGCCGCCCCAACACUGAGGGCCCUCACCCUGGAGGAGUGCAGCAUCACAGACCGCCAUGUGAGCACGCUGAUCCUGGCCCUGAGCCCCUGCCAUCGGCUGCGUGAGCUCCGGUUCUUGGGGAACCCACUGUCGGCCCGUGCCCUCAAGCGCCUUUUUGCAGCUCUCUGUGAGCUCCCCGGGCUGCAGUGUGUGGAGUUUCCAGUUCCCAAGGACUGCUACCCCGAGGGCAGUGCCUACCCGCAAGACGAGCUGGCCAUGACCAAAUUUGACCAGCAGAAAUACGACGUGAUCGCCGAGGACCUGCGCGCGGUGCUGCUGCGGAACGGCCGGGGCGACAUCCAGGUCUCCACGCCCCUCUUCGGAAGUUUCGACCCAGACAUUCAAGAAACCAGCAAUGAACUUGGAGCUUUCCUGCUGCAAGCUUUCAAAACUGCUCUGGAAAAGUUUUCCAGAGCACUGAAGCAAAUGGAGUAGGCCCUGGAUGGCCCAAGGCGGGGCUGCUACACGGCUGGUGCCCUGGGCUCGGCCAGACCACCAGCAUCCCAAGCAUCUCUUGUGAAAGCUGCGAGGCGUCCUUUAGGCAGUGUCCGAGCAGGAACCUGCUCUCCAGGAGCAGUGGCGGCGACUGUGGGGUGUCUGAGCGCAGUGCGGUCCUGGAGCGGGAAGCUCCGGGGGUGACCACCGCAGCGGUGACAGCAGAGGAGCACCCGACCCCGCGGGCGUGGCCAGCCCGGUCCCCAUGUGCCUGGACUUCAGUCCGUGUGCGGUGUAGAUGAGAGGAUGACAGCAAGCAGCUGAGGAGAGUAAAAGCGAGCUGCAAGGUGGGUCCCUUGAGGCAGUGGCUGGCUCCAGGGGUGCAGGGAGCCCACAGGGCCGCCCCCAAACUCCAGUCCAGCGAGGACGUGGGCUUUGAUCGUUUAUGGCUCUGUCCCUGCUCUCUGCCGGUGGGCGGCAGGCCUGGGCUCUGCUGGUGCCAGGCGGAGCCCCCAGCACAGGGCAGCCUCUGACUCGCAGUCGGGACUGUGAUGUCCCAUCAGCUACUGCUCCCACUCCCACCUCCACAGACUCUAGGCCGGGGUGGGUGUGGGGCUCGGACUCCUCUGGGCAGUUGUCUGAGUCCUGGCGCUUGAGGAGUGGUUAAUUCCAAAGUCUGGACUUGGUUUCUACCAAGAUCUGAUUUGUGUAAAGGGCUGAGUAUUAGAAUAAUUAAAUACUAAUAAAACAGAAGUGUGGCUUGUUCAGAUGUGGUUUGCUUUCUUUCUUUUUAAAUCUAGUGCACGAUAAAAUGUCUUGUAUUACUGUGUAUUUCCCAGACGUUCAUGAAGCCGGGCAUGUCUCCAUAUGCUUGUUGCCUGUUUGUGGUUUUCUCAUGAUUUCAUUUAUUUAAACAAAAACAAAAUCAGUUCACCCAUUUCUGCCCCACACGGCCCCUCCACCUCUGGCGACCACCAGUCUGUUCUCUGUGUCCAUGAGCGUGGAGACAUAUAUCUAUAUCUCAGUCUAUAAAAUACAUUCCACAUAGAGUGAGAUCAUACGGUAUUUGUCUUUCUUUGACUUACUUCACUUAGCACAAUGCCCUCCAGGUUCAUGUUGUCACAAAUGGCAGAAUUUCAUUCUUUUUAUGGCUGAAUAAUGUUCCAUGGUGUUCCAUAUACCACACAUUCAUCCAGUCAUCUGUUGAUGAACACUUAGGUUGCCCUUGGCUAUUGUAAAUAAUGCUGCAACAAACACGAGGGUGUAGAUAUCUUUCCGAAUAGUGAAUUUUUUUUUUUGGAUAAACACUCAGAAGUAGAGUUGCUGAAUCAUAUGGUAGUUCUAAGGUUAAUUUCUUGAGGAGCCUCCGUCCUGUUCUCCAUAGUGGCUUCACCAAUUUACAUUUUCACCAAGAGUGCACAAGGGCUCCCUUUUUCCCACACCCUUUCCAGCACUUGUUAUUGCUUGUCAUUUUGAUCAUGGCCAUUCUGACAGGUGUGAAGUGAUAUCUCAUUGUGGUUUUGAUUUGCUUUUCUUUGGUGAUGAGUGGUAAUUGAGCAUCUUUUCAUGUCUCUUCAGAUGUUCUGGCCAUUUCUCAAUUAAACUGUUAACUUUUUUCCAAAUGAGCUGAUAAAUUAUUUAUAUAUUUUGGGCAUUAGCCCUUUAUCAGGUACAUGAUUUGCAAGUAUUUUUUCGCAUUCUGUAGUUUGCCCUUUUUUUGUUGAUGGUUUUCUUUGCUGUGCAGAAGGUUUUUAGUUUGAUAUAGUCUCACUUGUUUAUUUUUGCUUUUGUGUCUGUUGCUUUAGGUGUUAGAU